UCUAUCGAUGGGGGCGGGCUUGUAACUAAUUUCAACUUCCGGUGCGAAGUCAGUAUCGGACAUUUGCGUUUUGGGCACGGAAGAGGGGAGUAUUUAGGUGUCAGCGUUAGAGCAGGCUGCUUCCUGCAGGUAGCGUAUUAGAGCUGGAUAUCGCGCUCCGGCUGUGAAAUGGCAUGGCUACGCACAGCUUUGGAAAAGCAGCAGCAUGGAGGGGAGGCUGAAGUGUUCGAUGAAGAUGGUGAAGAGAUGCUCCUUUUGCAGCAGGACUGGAAGAUCUCCAUGGAGAAGAGAAUUAAGGAGGGCUACAUUGAUGGAAUAGAGGCUGGGAAAGAAAAUUCUUUACAGACUGGGUUUAAUUUCGGAUAUAAAAUUGGAGUGAACCUGCUAAAGCCAUAUGGAGAGCUUAAAGGGGCAUUAAGUGCACUCCUGACAUGGUGCCAACAGAACAAGACAAAAGAUGCAGCUUCUGAAAAACUAAAUGAGCUUCUGACUUCACUAGAUCAGUGUGAGGAACAAAUUGUAAAAGAUCUGCCUUCCUUUUAUAAAGGUGCACAACCAUCAGAUUUAUUGCAAUUUGUGGAGGACAUGGAUCUCAUCAGUCAUGAGCAGAAAUGUGAACAGAAUGAGCCAGGCUCCUGUGCAGACAACAAAAACUGUUGCAGAAGCCCUGACUUUAAUGGAUCAUUAACUUUCAGUUGCAGGAAUACCAGCUAUAUCAGCGAUGCAACCAAAAAAGAACUUUGUAAGAUUUUUAAAGAGACUCUCUUAGUGGGUGAACAGCUUGAUAUUUCAACAGAACUACUUUGCUAUAUUCAAACACUAAAUAACAAACAUGUCUUUUGAGUCACCUGUUACAAUUUUACCAGGAAACAAAAUAUCUGACAUUGGCAUUUAAAACACAAUGGAAGAUGCCCAUUUUUCAAAGUGACAACUUUAUGGGGACAUUAUUAAGAUAUUUAAAAUCAGAUUUUAUAUUGGUUUAUUUGAUUAAAAGUAACAGUAACUUAACUUGUUUUUUUUUUCUUUUACUCCUGUAGUUUUGGAAAUACAAUAUCAAAACCCUUACCUUUUUUCAGCAGUGCAUUGUGUGUGCCAAAAUCUGUAUCAUGAGUAUUGUAUUGGGGUUAAAUCCUGUCUUCUACAAAUCGAGUCUAUUUUAAAUUGUUACUUGGGAGGGGGAGGCAACUGUCAAAGUUCUAUCCCUCUUGAUGAUCUCCCUGGUUUUAUAUAUAAAAAAAAAUGUCACGACGGUAGUGAGACUUUUAUUUAUUGCUGGUAACUUUGAAUGUAUCCAAGCUUUAGCGUGCAUCCGCUUUACAUGGCAAUGGCCUUUGGUACCAAGAGACUAUUUAAAUGUGAUUUGUAUGUACUGCACUGUUUGUUUCCCUGACAAAGGUUCCGGUUAGGAACCGAAACGUAGGAUUUAUUAAACCUCCACUUUUGCUUCA